GGCUCGGCUGGGGAAGCGAGUGAGGAUUAGUGGUGGGAGGUUGCAAGCUGUGAUUGCGCUUGUUCGCAGCCGCUGGUGUCAUGUCCCGGGUGUUAGUGCCCUGUCAUGUGAAAAGCACCGUAGCCCUUCAAGUAGGCGACGUGCGGACCUCCCAGGGUCGGCCCGGCGUGCUGGUCAUCGAUGUCACCUUCCCCGGCGUCGCGCCUUUCGAGUUGCAGGAGAUCACAUUUAAGAAUUACUACACAGCCUUUUUAAGCAUCCGUGUCCGCCAGCAGUCUUCAAUGCUCACACCGGGCAAGUGGGUAACCUGCCUGCGGGACUACUGUCUGAUGCCUGAUCCACACAGUGAAGAGGGAGCCCAGGAGUAUGUAUCUCUGUUCAAGCACCAGAUGCUGUGUGACAUGGCCAGAGUACUGGAGCUGCGCCUGAUUCUGAGGCAACCAUCACCUCUAUGGGUAUCUUUCACCUUGGAGGAGCUGCAGAUCUACCAGCAGGGACCAAAGGUAAGCCCUGCUGUGAACUUCCCCAAGUGGCUUUCCCACCCAGUACCCAGUGAACAGCCUGCACCCCUCCAUGAGGGUCUCCCAGACCCCAGCAGAGUAUCCUCUGAGGUGCAGCAGAUGUGGGCGCUGACAGAGAUGAUUCGGGCCAGUCACACCUCCACAAGGAUCGGCCGCUUUGAUGUGGAUGGCUGCUAUGACCUGAACUUGCUCUCCUACACUUGAGUGACAGCUAUUUCCCGACACAUUGGUCUCCUGUGCCCGCCCAGACAUGGUUUGGGCCACCAGAGGCUGAAGCUUGUUCCCUGUGCAUCCAAGUUCUAUGUGGGUCACAUUGACAAAUUCAGAAUUCUUAGGGCUCACCCAGUUGCUUCAGCAUGAGUUCCUGGCAGGGGUACGCACUCUUAUCUUUCUCUGUCUGCAAUGCAAAUUCCGUCUCUUAACCUAAAAACACUCUGGUUCUACUUGUUAAGAAUCCUUGAGCAUCCUCCACCCAUUUUGCCAACAUGCACACCCACCCCUGUUGGCUACGGGUUCAGUUCCCCUACUAAGUCCUACUGAGUACAGUGGGCUGGAAUAAAACUGCUGUAUCUAGCCCUGGAAGGCACCUCUGCCCUGUCAAGGUCUUAGCCUGAGGAAUAUAUGCCCCAUUCCUUCUGCUUCCCCUAGUGCCCCCCCAUACCCCAUGUUCUAACCACAAAAAGAAAUUUCCUGCUUAAACUCUAUGUAACCUGCCUUGGAGACAAAGCUGGAGAUUUGAAGACCCUGAGUCUGAGGUCCCUAAACUGGCUCCUGAGUGUGUUUUCUAUUGAGUCUGAGAACCAAACCUGUAGACUGUCUGCCAUCUGACAUAGCCCAGAGCACAGGAUGCAUGCCCCUCUUCUAGUUGCUUCUUUCUAGUCAUGAUGAGAGAACAACCUUGCCUUGAGGGAAAUGGGGGAACAUUCCAAGUGAGGGUCUCACUGGUCCCUUUUGAGAGGCUAAGGUUCUCUGUUACCUUAGGCCAACUACUGAAUCAUGCAGGCUACCUGCAUUUCCUGUGCUAAAAUUCUGCUUCCUGAUGGGUGCAGUGGAGCACAUCUUAAAUCCAGCAUUUGAGAGGCAGAGGUAGGAGGAUCGCUGUGAGUUAGAGGCCACUCUGAGUACAUAGUGAAUUCCAGGUCAGCCUCAGCUAGAGGGUGACCCUACUGAGAAAACAGAAACCAACCAAAAAAAAAAAAAAAAAAAAAAAAAAAUUC